AUGAGUCCCUGUGCAGUACCUGUCCUUCUAGUGCCAAAGAAGGAGGUAAAGUGGCGUAUGUGUGUUGAUAGUCAUGACAUUAACAAGAUAAUAGUGAAGUACAGGUUUUCCAUUCCACAGUUGGAGGAUAUGCUAGAUAUGCUUGGGAAUUCUAAGGUCUUCUCAAAAAUAGAUUUUCACAGUGGUUAUCACCAGAUCCGUAUUGAGUCAAGGGACGAAUGGAAGACUGCCUUCAAGAGUAAGGAUGGACUUUAUGAUUGGUUGGUAAUGCCAUUCGGACUUUCAAAUGCCCCAAGUACUUUCAUAAGGAUGAUGAACCAGAUUCAUAGUCCUUUUAUUGGGUCUUUUGUUGUGGUGUAUUUCGAUGAUAUUCUUAUUUGUAGCAAGUCUAAGGUGGAUUACCUAGCUCAACUGGAGGUUUUGAAGGAAAAUCAGUUGUACAUCAACUUGAAGAAGUGUACAUUUUGUAGAUCUAAGCUAUUAUUUUUAGGCUUUAUGGUAGGUGAAGAUGGUCUGCAUGUAGAUGAAGAGAAGAUAAAAGCAAUUCGAGAUUGGCCAACACUAAAGUUCAGUUGGGGAGAGGAACAAGAUAAGAGCUUCGCCUUCAUCAAAGAAAAUUUGUGCACAGUUCCAGUAUUAGCCUUGCCAAGCUUCGAGAAGAUCUUUGAGGUGGAGUGUGAUGCUAGUGGUAUUGGUAUUGGGGAUGUCCUUUCUCAAGAGAAGAGACCCAUGAAUGAGUUUGUGUUGUUUACUGAUCACCAAGCCUUGAAAUUCAUUCAUGGUCAGAAACACAUCAGCAUGAUGCAUGCUCGGUGGGAAAUUGUUGGGUUUGAGUGCUUGAAAGAGCUGUGUGCAGAUGAUCCUGACUUUAAGGAGAUUUGGAAUAAGUGUGUGAAUCAGGAAUCAAUGGUGGAUUUCUAUAUUAGUGAAGGAUAUCUAUUUAAAGGCAACCAACUUUGGCGAUUGUUAGAUUACAUGGAGUUCCGAAGUCUAUCACAUCAGACCGGGAUACAAAAUUUUGAGGCACUUUUGGAUUAUCUUAUGGAAGUUGUUUGGAACCAAUUUGAAUUGAAAGAUAAACCUAAACAGUGGGAUCUUACACUACCUCAAGUGGAGUUCGCGUACAACAGUGCAGUUCAUACUACUACAGGCAAGUCUCCAUUUGCUAUUGUGUAUACAGAGGUGCCUUACCAUGUGGUGGAUUUGGUGAAGUUGCCUAAAGGUAAUAAUAAAAGUGUUGCUGCUGAACAUCUAGCAGAGGAAGUGAUAGAAGUUCGUGAAGAGAGAUUUUCCGCUGAUACUUACAAUAAGCUGAAACCAAGAAAGUAUGGGCCUUUUAAAGUGCUUAAACAGAUUAACAUCAAUGCCUACAUUAUUGAUUUGCCAGAGUCUAUGGGUAUUUCUCGUACAUUCAAUGUGGCAGAAUUAUAUGAAUUCCAUAAAGCUGAUAAGCCUUUGUAUCCAGAUUAUAACUCGGGGUCGAGUUCUUCGGAGGUGGAAGAGACUGAUGUAGGACAUAAUGGGUUUCUUGCUGGUGACGGGCUUACCUCUGAGCCCCCCAGAUUAGGCCGUGUUUGGCUAUAUUGGGUUAAGAAAUACAAGUUGGUCAAUUCUUGGCCGGUUCUAACCUUGGUAGGUGAUAGGGUGAUCCUUUAA